AUGAAUGGCCCCGGAGAUCUAGACAACCUGCUCAGUCAACUUUGUCGAGCAGCUGAGAACUUCAAGCGAGACCAUAAUGAUCUUGAACGGCUCGCCGCCUUGAAAGCCGCUCGUAAACUGGUUCAAGCGCUUGAAACACCACAGGAGGGAGCGUUGCUGACAGGAGUUUCUCCCAUUCAAGUCCUUUGUGUCAGGAUUGCUAUUGAUAUUGACAUAUUCACGACACUCACGAAGAGUAAUGGACCUGUCAGCUUGAAGGAACUGGCUGCCGUCAAGAACGCCGACCCGUCGUUCACAGAGCGAGUUCUGCGUGUCCUCGCAGGGAUCGGUUACGUUAUCGAGCAUGAAGUCAGGGUAUACGCUGCGAACGCGAUGACUCGCUAUAUGAGUGACCCAGGGGCUGUUGCCGUGCUCAAAUUCCAAUUCGACGUCUGUAUGCCUCUAUACUCCAAAGCGCCCGAGUACUUCCGUGAAACAGGGUUCCAAACCCCCCUAGAGUCGAACAAAGGCCUAUUCCAAUACGUUGAGAAAACUGAGGAGUCAAUCUGGAGUCUGAUGUCCAAGAAACACGAGGAUAUGGAUGGAUUCUAUACCCACAUGGCAGGCAGAAGAGCUAACCUGCCUAUUUGGGUUGACUGGUUCCCCGUGCAGGAACGCAUCAUUGAUGGAUUUGAGGACAAGGAUGGAAGUGGACUCCUGGUUGAUGUGGCUGGUGGGCGAGGACAUGAUUUGGAAAGAUUUCGUGCAAAAUUUCCCAGUGCACGAGGUCGUCUUAUUGUUGAAGACUUGCCACAGGUCCUGGAGGGUAUAAACUCUGGAUCUGGGAUUGAGUGUCAACCAAUUGACCUCUUUGAGCCGCAACCUGUCCAAGGUGCACGAGCAUAUUACAUGAAGUUCGUCUUGCAUGACUGGGCAGACCGCCAAUCCCAGCAGAUUCUGCAACAGUUAAAAGUGGCUAUGAAAAAGGGCUACUCGAAACUUCUGAUUGAGGAAGUCAUCCUCGCCGACAAGGAUGCCGAGCCUAUCCCGUCACUAGGAGACUGGAUGAUGCUAGCCAUUCAUUGCGGUAUGGAGCGAACUCAGUCUCAUUGGGAGGGUCUGUUGACUUCGACUGGAUUUCGAGUCGUGAGGUUUUGGAAUCCCCCUAGUCCAGGUCAACAAAGUAUUAUUGAGGCGGAGGUGGCUUAG